GUGGAAGUUGUGGAAAUAGGUAAAGGGUUGAAAUUGGCAUUUGGAAAAUGGUGACUGUUUCUUUAGUUACUUAUAUCAUGGACGAAUAUAAGGGAAAAUGGGCCACUAAGAAUUUUUCCUGUUUUGCAGUUUGCUGUCAGCAGAAGGUAAAACAUGUCCUUGAAGAUAUACAAUUUUACAUAAACAGCUGAUGUUUACAUAAGCCUAGAUAAGUUUGUGAAAAACAGAGAUAGCCAAAGAUGCGGUGUUAGCUGAACUCGGCUAUCCUGCUGUUUGUCUGUGUAAUGAUUUAUCUUUUUGUUGUAUUGUUGCAGCGUAAGAACAAAGUAAGCAGCUGUACCUUUACCAAAGCAACCACCUGCGUUCCACCUCUCCUCUGGAAUGGACAAUGGGAUGGUCUCUGACUUUAUCAUGAUCAAAAACUUCUUCCUCUUCUGCGUUUCCAUGAGUUUAGCCAGCCACUUCGGCUUCUCGCAAACGCCAACAGCAUCGGGAAAAGAGGACGCCAAUGAUAACAUCACUAUAUUCACCAGGAUCUUGGAUGGUCUGCUGGACGGCUACGACAACCGACUGCGCCCGGGACUGGGAGAGAGAAUAACUCAGGUGAAAACAGACAUCUAUGUUACCAGUUUUGGUCCUGUGUCAGACACAGAAAUGGAAUACACGAUUGACGUUUUUUUCCGACAAAGCUGGAAAGAUGAAAGGCUGCGAUUCAAAGGACCUAUGCAACGCCUCCCUCUUAACAACCUGCUUGCCAGCAAGAUUUGGACCCCGGACACUUUUUUCCACAAUGGCAAGAAGUCUAUUGCUCACAACAUGACAACCCCAAACAAACUUCUGCGCCUGGAGGAUGACGGCACUCUGCUGUAUACCAUGAGAUUGACCAUCUCUGCUGAAUGUCCCAUGCAGCUUGAAGAUUUCCCCAUGGAUGCACAUGCUUGCCCAUUAAAAUUUGGAAGCUAUGCUUACCCCAACUCUGAAGUGAUCUAUGUGUGGACUAAUAGCACCACAACGUCUGUGGUGGUGGCCGAAGACGGCUCACGACUUAACCAGUACCACCUGAUGGGACAAACUGUAGGAACUGAAAACAUCAGUACCAGCACAGGUGAAUAUACUAUUAUGACAGCCCAUUUUCAUCUGAAAAGAAAAAUCGGUUAUUUUGUCAUCCAGACGUACCUUCCUUGCAUUAUGACUGUGAUCUUAUCACAAGUGUCAUUUUGGCUAAACAGAGAAUCUGUCCCUGCUAGGACUGUCUUUGGAGUAACAACAGUCCUCACCAUGACCACCUUAAGUAUCAGUGCCCGUAACUCUUUGCCAAAAGUGGCCUACGCUACUGCAAUGGACUGGUUUAUAGCUGUCUGCUAUGCCUUUGUAUUUUCUGCAUUGAUUGAAUUUGCAACAGUCAAUUAUUUCACCAAGAGGAGUUGGGCAUGGGAUGGCAAAAAAGCCCUGGAAGCUGCUAAAAUCAAGAAAAAAGAGCACCAAUUGCUAGGAAAUAAAUCAACUAAUACUUACAGCACUGGGAAGAUGACCCCGGCACCAAACAUGCCAAAGGACUCAGCCCCAUCCGUCAUCUCAAACGCUGCAUCUGCUCCAGUGAAGUCUGCAGAAGAAAAGCCUGCUGAAAGCAAAAAGACUUACAACAGCAUCAGUAAGAUUGACAAAAUGUCCCGGAUAAUUUUUCCAGUGCUGUUUGGAACUUUUAACUUAGUUUAUUGGGCCACGUAUUUGAAUAGGGAGCCUGUUAUUAAAGGUGCCAAUUCUCCAAAAUAAACUGAAGGACUCUAAAGCCACAUGUGAGCCAUACUUACAAAGCAGAUGCUACCAAGGAAAAUUUGAGAUCCAGACGACUUUCUACAUUUGGGCAAUAUUCUUCAGGAAGUUUUUUGCAUGUUUAAUAAUAUGUACAAAUAAUAUUGCCUUGAUUGUUUCUACAUGUAACCUCAGAUGUUUCAGAGACGAUUAUAUUACUUACAGCAACAGAUCUUUAUAAAAG